AUAACAUAUCAGGGCAGCAUGUCCCCCGACGGUGCUCCCGCUCCCCAGGCGCCCGCCACCCACGCCGCCCGCCAUGUCGACCCUCAUCCGCCCGCCGCCCAUUGACCCCGCCCAGUCGGCCAUUGAGAACACGCUCGAGCUCACGCAGCUGUCCGACAUCGACCCCGACCUGUUCACCAACAGGCGUCCGCUAUGGCACCCCCCGGGCGCGCGAGGCAUCUACGGCGGGGCCGCCAUUGCCCAGACGCUGAGCGCCGCCCAGAAGACGGUCGAGCCCGAGUUCACCGUCCACUCGAUGCACUGCUACUUUGUCCUCGCGGGCAACUCGGAGAUCCCCAUCAUCUACCACGUGGAGCGAGUCCGCUCGGGCAAGAGCUUCGCGACCCGCACGGUGCAGGCGCGGCAGCGGGGCAAGGUCAUCUUCACCACCACCAUCAGCUUCGUGCGCCAGCACAGCGCGGGCGACAAGGUGCUCGAGCAUGCCGUCGAGAUGCCCCCCGUGCCCGCCCCCGUCGAGGGCAAGGACGACCUGGACUAUGGCGGUGCUGCGACGGGCCCCUUCCAGAGCCAGCGGAUCGAGAUCCUGAACAACGACUCGCCGCACCCGCACACCAAGAAGACCCGGCAGUGGAUCAAGGCCCGCGGCACCAUCUCCCCCGCCGGCGGCCACGAAGCCCACCUCGCCGCCCUCGCCUACAUGUCCGACAGCUACUUCAUCGGCACCAUCGCCCGUGUCCACAAGCUCUGGCGCUACGCCGCAGUGCGCAAGACCAAGAGCAAGAGCAGCAUAGACGAGGACGUCUUGAAGAAGCUCCUCGCCAUGGAAGACGAGGACCUCAAGCGCGUCAAGUUCCUCGACUCGCACGACCUCGAGCGGAUACGCAAGUGGAAGAACGGCGAGCGUGAGGAGCCCAAGGAACCCAAGCAGGAGAUCGGCAUGAUGGUCAGCUUGGACCACACCAUCUACUUCCACGACCCGAGAAAUUUCCGCGCCGAUGAGUGGAUGUUUACCGAGAUGGAGACGCCGUGGAGCGGAGAUGGCCGGGGUCUUGUGUUCCAGAAGUUGUUCACCAAGGAUGGGCGACUUAUCGCUACCUGCGUGCAGGAGGGCGUCGUGCGGUUACGUCAAGACACCGACACCGCGAAAAGCAAGCUCUGAGCCCGCCGCACACCCCCUUGUCCUUCUCUAGACGCGUUCCGCAGUAUACUUUUGCACCUCAUAGACUUCACUUCAAUUCAUGUCGUUCCAAUUCAAUUCCAU